AUGCAUGUACUCAACUUGACCCUCCAGGCUCCAUCGAAUAUAACGACAGCUGUCGUAGGUUCUUUCUCCGGUACGAAGGGACAGGAGAUUUUGGCUGUUAGAGGUGGUACGAAAUUGGAGAUCCUCAAGUUGAAUACAUCUACUGGACAGUUGGAUACGAUUUGCUCGACAGAGGCAUUCGGGACGGUCAGAAAUGUUGUAGGAUUUAGAUUAGCGGGGAUGACAAAAGACUACAUACUGGCAUCAUCAGAUUCAGGUAGACUAUCGAUCCUCGAAUUUGUCGUUGCACCUACACCACACUUUGAGAGUCUGUAUCAGGAGGUGUAUGGAAAAUCAGGUAGUCGACGUGUGGUCCCCGGACAAUAUUUAGCUGUAGAUCCAAAGGGACGAAGUUGUCUGGUGGGAGCGUCAAAACUCGUGUAUGUGUUGAACCGAAACGCAGAAGGAAAACUGUUUCCCUCUUCGCCAUUGGAAGCCCACAGAAAUCAUGCUUUAGUAACUCAUAUCGUUGGUGUGGACCAAGGUUAUGAUAAUCCACUUUAUGCUGCUUUGGAGAUGGAUUAUUCGGAAAGUGACGAGGAUCCUACAGGCGAAGCAUAUGAGAAUGUUCAGAAGUAUUUGACAUUCUACGAGUUAGACUUGGGUUUAAAUCACGUAGUCAGGAAAUGGAGUGAACCCACAGAUAGAAGGGCAAACUUGCUCGUGCAAGUACCUGGUGGUCAAAAUGCCAACUCUGACAGGUUCGACGGUCCAUCUGGUGUACUGGUCUGUACGGAAGAUCAUAUAAUCUGGAAACAUAUGGAUGUGGAAGCGCACAGGAUACCUAUACCUAGGCGAAGGAAUCCAUUAGCUCAAAGAGGAGAGAAGAGCAGGGGUUUGAUCAUUGUCUCGGCGGUUAUGCACAAGAUAAAGGGUGCAUUCUUCUUCCUGCUACAAUCGGAAGAUGGCGAUUUGUAUAAGGUGUGGAUAGAACAUGAGGGAGAGGAUGUUAAAGCUCUGAAAAUCAAGUACUUUGACACUGUGCCAGUGGCAAACAGCUUGUGUAUCUUGAAGAGUGGUUAUCUAUUCGUAGCAAGCGAGUUUAGCGAUCAAAACCUAUAUCAAUUCCAAGCUUUGGGUGAUGAUGACGGUGAACAAGAAUGGUCAUCGACCGACUACCCAGAUAACGGAAACAUCGAAGGACCAUUACCAUAUGCUUUCUUCAACCCUAGACCUCUACAGAAUCUCCUCCAAGUCGAUACCCUCUCCUCCCUCGAUCCUAUUACCGAUGCCUCAGUUAUGAACCUCCUCGGACCAGGUUCCGACACACCUCAAAUCUACGCUGCCUGUGGAAGAGGACCGAGAAGUACUUUCAGAACGCUCAAACAUGGUUUAGAUGUUUCAGUAUUGGUUAGCUCGCCGUUACCAGGUGUACCGACUAAUGUGUGGACGCUCAAGUUGACUGAUGAAGACGAAUUCGAUUCAUACAUUGUCCUUUCUUUCCCCAACGGUACUCUUGUUCUUUCGAUCGGCGCGACAAUCGAAGAAGUCAACGAUACUGGAUUCCUCUCUUCUGGUCCUACUCUUGCCGUUCAGCAAUUAGGUGAUUCAGGUUUGCUACAAGUUCACCCUUACGGUCUGCGACACAUCAGAGGUGCCGAUCGAGUGGAUGAAUGGCCUGCUCCACCUGGUCAGACGAUCGUAGCUGCCACUACCAACAAGCGACAGGUGGUCAUUGCGCUGAGUACAGCUGAAUUGGUGUAUUUCGAGCUUGAUCCCGAAGGUUCGUUAAGUGAAUAUCAAGACAAGAAAGCUUUACCUGGCAAUGCUACAUGUCUGAGUAUCGCCGAAGUACCUGAGGCAAGGAGAAGAACACCUUUCUUGGCUGUCGGAUGUGACAAUCAGACUGUUUCCGUCAUCUCCCUGGAACCUGAUAGUACCCUCACUACCCUUUCAUUACAGGCACUGACGGCUCCUCCAUCCUCUAUCUGUCUGGCCGAGAUCUUCGACACCUCCAUCGAUAAGAACCGAGCUACCAUGUUCUUAAACAUUGGUUUAGCCAAUGGUGUAUUACUGAGAACAGUGGUCGAUCCAGUGGACGGAUCACUGUCGGACACUCGAUUACGAUUCUUAGGUGCGAAACCACCUAAAUUGGUUAGAUCUACUAUACAUGGUCAACCUUCAGUCAUGGCGUUCUCGAGUCGAACUUGGUUAUUGUAUACAUACCAAGACAUGCUACAGACUCAACCUUUGAUCUACGAUACUCUUGAAUAUGCUUGGAACCUUUCGGCUGCAAUGUGUCCUGAUGGGCUGAUUGGUAUUUCCGGUAAUACUUUACGAAUCUUCACGAUACCUAAAUUAGGUGAAAAGCUCAAACAAGAUGUCCUACCCUUAUCUUACACCCCACGUAAAUUUGUUAGUCACCCUUACAACACUGUAUUCUACAUGAUCGAAUCAGACCAUCGCACAUAUUCUCCUCAAGCUAUUGAGAGGAUUGUCAAGGAGAAGGAAGCGAGUGGAAGUAGAGUUGAUACUUCGCUACUUACUUUACCACCGAACGAGUUUGGUAGACCGCGGGCGGGAGCUGGACAUUGGGCUUCGUUAUUGAGGGUGUUGGAUCCUUUGACAAACGAAUCUCUCGCGACAUUUGACUUGGACGAGGAUGAAGCCGCUUUCUCGAUGGCUAUAGCGUACUUCGAACGAGGUGGUGGUGAACCGUUCCUUGUUGUCGGAACAGGUGUGAAGACAACUCUUGCUCCCAAAGGUUGUCAGGAAGGUUGGUUGAGAGUGUAUGCGAUCAAGGAGCAGGGGAGAGUACUGGAAUUCAUGCACAAGACUAAAACCGAUGAUGUACCGCUAUGUCUCGCCGCCUUCCAGGGUUUCUUGCUCGCUGGUAUCGGCAAAUCGUUGAGGCUGUAUGAGAUGGGUAAGAAAGCCUUGUUACGGAAAUGCGAGAACAAUUCAUUCCCAACUGGAGUAGCAACGAUCAAUGUUCAAGGUGCAAGAAUAAUAGUAGGAGAUAUCCAAGAAUCGACAUUCUAUUGUGUAUAUCGUUCGGUGCCCACUCGACAAAUAUUGGUAUUUGCAGAUGACACUCAGCCAAGAUGGUUAACGUGUGUCACCGAGGUAGAUUACGAAACGAUAGUCUGCGGUGACAAGUUCGGAAACAUAUUCUUGAAUCGAUUGGACUCGAGGACAUCCGAGACGGUCGAUGAUGAUCCUACCGGAGCUACGAUCUUACAUGAAAAGUCGUUUUUGAUGGGUGCAGCCCACAAAACUGAAUUGAUCGCUCAUUACAAUGUCGGAAGUAUCGUUACAUCCAUAACGAAGAUACCUCUAGUUGCUGGUGGAAGGGAUGUUCUAGUGUAUACGACUGUGUCAGGAUCGGUCGGUGCUCUGAUUCCUUUUGUCAGUAUGGAUGAUGUCGAGUUCAUGUCUACUUUAGAAAUGCACAUGAGAUCCCAGAAUGUUUCAUUAGUAGGACGAGAUCAUUUAGCCUACAGGGGAUAUUAUGUACCGGUGAAAGGAGUGAUCGAUGGGGAUCUGUGUGAAAACUUCAACCUGUUACCUUAUAGCAAACAACAGGCUAUCGCGGCUGAUCUGGAUGAGAGGAGUGUAGGUGAUGUGCUGAAGAAAUUGGAACAGAUGAGAACGAGCAGUGCUUUCUAG